UCGUCUCUGUUGACAGGCCUGUUUUACUGCAGCAGUGGAAUACAGUCUGUGACAUCACUUCUCAACACACACAGGAAACAAACACACCGGCAGUAAAGUUAUUGCACUGAUAAAAACAUACAUUUGCAUGAAUGCAGGCAGGACACAAGCAGUUUUGUGCUUUAACCACCCAGCGUUUCCUCCUGUUCCCCCUGGGAGUCAGAGCAGGACUAGUGGAGGACCACGCAGUGAGGCUCCUUCCAUCAGACACAUACUGAGACCAAGUACAAUGGUGCCCUUGCUGCUGCUACUGCUGCUUCCUGAAGCGCCGGCUGAGGAAGUUUGUUUUAACAUUUCAGACAGUGAAAUUACUUUCACCAUGGCGAGUCUUGGGUUGACGCUCAGUGACCGUAUUAACGGGCAGCCCGGGCAAGUGACGUGCUUGGCGUAUAAGGAGACGUGCAUCUUCAUGUGCAACUCCAGCAACUCGUUUGAAUUCAAUGACUCGAGAACAUGCACACAUGCUAGUUGGUCACCUGACGGGGUCGCAAUCACCAUUGAUCCCUAUUACAAUUGCACCACCUAUUCAUGCAACAGCGACACCCUCCUGUGGCUAAUUGACUUGCUGAGGAGGAACAACUCUUACCAGGAGAGCAUGAUGCAGCUCCUCUACUUUUGGGAUUCGUGUCAUCUGCUCUUUAGAAGUGACAAUAAACUCAAGGGGUCCUACAUAAGUGCGGAGAGACAGAUAAUACAUAACAUCAUGAGGAAGUCCAAGCUUGACCCCGGACGCAGCAUGCACUACAGCCUGAGGAGCUACACUCUGCGUGUGGCCAACAUCAGUGACGCUGACCUCAGCUCUGACAACCCCAGGAUCCAGAUAGAGGCGCCACAGCUGCUGCCUCAGAACCAGUCGUGCAUCCCCGACGUUUUCCUGCCUGUAUCAGACCUGCACGGCAUCCCUCAGGAGAAAAGAGUCGUUGGUUUGGUCAGCUACAUGCAACACAGCCAGUUCCAAUUUGGACAGGAAGAGAUCUCCUCAAUGGUUCUCCGGAUAGAGACUCUGGGUCCACGACCCUUUUGUGAUCUGAAGACACCAAUCAAGAUGAUUUUCCGAAACAUUCCACCCGUGGAAAAUGAUAAUAACUCCUGGUUACAGUGUAACUAUUUUGAUGAAAAAGGUGGGCUUUGGAAAACAGAUGGAUGUAUCACAAACGUCACCCAAACUGAAAUUACUUGCGACUGUGACCACGCAACACCCUUUGCCAUCCUGCUGAUGAGGGGCCCAAUCUCAGAAGUCCACUGGCAAAUCCUGUCCUCCAUCAGUUACAUCGGCUGCGGCCUGUCUGCGUUCUUCACAGCUCUGUCCCUGGUGAUUCAUGUGUUCAGCCGAAACGACAGAUUGGAUGUCUCCAUCUCCAUCCACGUAUCUCUGAGCGGGGCCUUGUUCCUGCUCAAUGCCACCUUCCUGUUGACCGAGUGGGGGGCCACGGUGGAUCUGGACUGGGUGUGUGUGUUUGUCGCGGCCUUCAUGCACUACUCCCUGCUCUGCUGUUUCACCUGGAUGGCCAUAGAGGCCCUCCACCUCUACCUGCUGCUGAUAAAGGUGUUCAACACCUACUUUAAGCACUACCUGGCCAAACUGUCUCUCGCCGGAUGGGGGAUCCCGGCUGUCAUCGUGGCCGUCUCUUUGAGCGUGAAGGACUUCAAACAGUUUUAUGGAGUCACACAAAUGAGGGUGGCUGAUACGAACCGAACCAACGCCAUCUGCUGGAUCACAGAUGACUCCUUCUUCUACUCCUUGAACCUGGUGUAUUUCACCCUCAUAUUCAUCUUCAACACUGGCAUUCUGAUCGCAGUGGCCUCGAAGGUCUGCCACAUGGAACGGGUGACCAGGGGCCGCUCGGGGCCCGCGGCAGGGGCCAAGGCAGCGACUCAGGGGAACCCUGUGAGGUUCGGUGACACCUGCAGGAGCGGCCUCACCGUGAUGGGUAUCACCUGCCUGAUGGGGACCACCUGGGGUCUGGCCUUCCUGGGUGCAGGAUACGUCAACUACCCCAUCCUCUACCUCUUCUGCAUCCUCAACUCCACACAAGGUUUCUUCAUUUUCCUGUGGAUCUGUCUGUCGGCCAAGAAGCAAAGGGAUAGAGACAUGGAGGAGAGACUGACGUCCUCUGCUGUGAAGACCUCAUCAGUCAAUUUCAAUUAGACCGCUACAAGGCCUUGGCCCGACCGCAAUCUCUCCCUCUCGCGCACUUACGCUUUAUUGCACAAUCCUGCAAAGUCCAGGAGGCUUCAGCUCUGUCCGACUGACUAAUCACUGAGUGUUUCAGAGGUUCUCUCACCGACGUUUUGAACCUUUGAUACCUUCGGCUGACUUUUCCUGAGUUACGCAUAAUUCCGCAUAAAACAAAGAGGUUAUCGGAGGAGACGUAUGAAAAUGUCACAUUGUGAUGAGGCAUAAAUGAUAAAGCGCUUAUGUAAUCAUGACAUAGGAGGAACGGAAACUCCCACAUGUAACCCUCCUGACGUGUUAGUUGUCAAGUUUUCCUGAACUUUGUGUUGUGUAACUUCUGUUUUCCUCACAUAAACAGUAACACAUGUUUUGGUCUGUGUGUGUUUGUUUAGCUUUUUUGAUUUAGGUAAAGUUGUGUCCUUAACUAACGUACUGUCAAAUAUUCAACUUGUUUUUGUGAAUGUAAUCUAAAUGGAUCAGAAUAAAGCAGCGUUCAUGUGUUGCUA